AUUAACAGUUUGCAAGUCUCCAAAAAUGGAGAAGCCCAAACAAUCCCUAAACUAGUUAAAAAGCCCAAAGCCUUGCUGCUUCUCACUGCUCUUCGCGCUCCUCUCACGACCGCCGUUGUCUCCUCUCCUCCUCCUCGUCCGCUUCUUCUGACAGCGCCAGGAAAGAAGUUUAAAGCUUGAACCACAAAAUGGCACGGACAAAACCGCGUAAACGGAAGCGUAGAGAAGAGAAAUAUGAUACAGAAGACAUAGAACAGUUUAUGGUAGAGGAAAUAGAUGGGGUAAUGGGUAAAGAGGAGAUAGAAAAUGCACCAGAUGAAGAGAAAGAAACAGAAAAUGUAGACGAACUUGCCGGUAUUCCGAUUCAACCAUAUGAUCACAAGGCCCAGACUGGGGCCAUUUUCAUUCUUGAGAAGGCUUCUUUGGAAGUUGCAAAACUCGGAAAGUUUUACCAGCUUUUGAACUCAGAUCAUGACAAAUUUCUGAGAAGUAAUAACAAAAAUCCUGCUGAUUACCGGCCAGAUAUUGCUCAUCAGGCUAUCCUAGCAAUUUUAGAUAGCCCCCUAAAUAAAGCUGGGAGAUUACGAGCAUUGUAUGUGAAAACGGAGAACGGUGUUUUAUUUGAAAUUAAACCAUAUGUUCGUAUUCCGAGGACAUAUAAGCGCUUUUCUGGUAUGAUGUCGCUGCUGCUACAAAAAUUGAGUAUAACUGCUGUUGGUGAGAGUGAAAAACUAUUGCAUGUGAUCAAGAACCCGGUGACACAAUAUUUACCGCUCAACUCUCGUAAAAUAGGCUUCUCCUAUAGUUCAGAAAAAUUGGUUGAUAUAAGAGACUACUUGGCUGCUGUUAGCGAUGAUGUGAAUUUUGUUUUUGUGGUUGGUGCAAUGGCCUAUGGGAAAAUUGAUAUUAAGGAUUAUGCAGAUGAUUUUAUCUCAAUUUCUGGUUAUCCAAUGAGUGCAGUAGGCUGUAUUUCCAGAAUUUGUGGUGGUUUGGAGCACAAGUGGAAAAUCUAGUAAGCCCAGCAAUCAGUCAAAGUAUCAUCUACAUAUUCGGCGCUUUACAUCUCAUUUUGUGGUGUUAUAUGUAUUCAUUUGGUGCCAUGAACCAAGGUUCUGUGGAAUUUUGAAUCAUAGCAUGUUUCUUCCAAUUUUCAAUUUUUUCGAAGUAGGUAUUGUUAUCUAUCCUGCACUUGUAAUAUGAUUAAGGAACAUAAAUUUUUAUGUUUAUUUAUGCUUUAUUAUUUUCAAAUGAUUGAUGUAGAAAAUUUUCAUUGAAGUUUUUUAUGUUCUUACGAAGCUUUAACCA